UUUGGGAGUCUCAGAUCAGCCCUCUGAAGAGAGCAGGAGGCUCAGCCUGGAAACAAACGAAGGAAGGCACCCCCCCUUUCUCCCCCUUUUCCUCCCUCCCGAUGGCAGAUGAUUGGCUGAGAACUUGACACUGGAGGCUGGCACUGGCCGAGGCUGGGUCCCUGCCCCUUGCACACAAGCUGCCUCUCCACACAUGCUUGUACUAAAAACGCCGUUCACCGCGUGAACGCCACCAUGGUGCAGCAAGUCCUCUACAGAGCUCUGGUCUCCUCCAAGUGGCUCGCAGAGUGUGUCCGGGCCAACCGAAUUGGGCCCAGCCUGCAAGUGCUGGAUACCUCCUGGUAUGCUCCCAGGGAGAAGAGCGCCCAGCAGGAUUUCUACGAGAGGCACAUCCCCCGUGCCUCAUUCUUCGAUAUUGAGGAAUGUAAAGACAAGUCGUCAUCCUAUGAGCUCAUGCUCCCCAGCGAGGCGCGCUUCGCUGACUACGUUGGGCAGCUGGGCAUCAGCAACGACACGCACGUGGUGGUGUACGAUGGGGAUGACUUGGGGAGCUUCUAUGCACCCCGGGCCUGGUGGAUGUUCCGGGUCUUUGGGCACAGAACAGUCUCGGUGCUGAAUGGUGGGUUCAAGAACUGGUUGAAAGAGGGGCAUCCUGUGACGUCGGAGGUCAGCCGCCCAGAGCCAGCGGUGUUCAAAGCCACCCUAAACAAGUCCCUGCUGAAGACCUAUGAGGAGAUGGUAGAAAAUCUGGAAUCCAAGCGGUUCCAGGUGGUGGAUUCCAGGUCAGAGGGGAGGUUUCGUGGGACAGAACCAGAGCCAGGGAAAGAAGGGCUGGAACCAGGUCACAUCCCUGGCACCAUUAACAUGCCCUUCUUCAACUUUCUCACGGAAGCUGGCUUUGAGAAGAGCCCUGAGGAGCUUCAGCGCAUGUUCCAGGAGAAGAAGGUGGACCUCUCAAAGCCACUCAUUGCCACAUGCCGUAAAGGGGUCACAGCAUGCCAUAUUGCCCUGGCAGCAUACAUUUGUGGCAAACCAGAUGUGGCUGUCUAUGAUGGCUCCUGGUCAGAGUGGUUCCGCCGUGCCCCACCAGAGUAUAAGGUGUCAGAGCGGAAACGCAGUACAGCAUGAAGGGAAGAAGGCUGUGAUGCACUUCUACAGUAUCCGUCAGGCAUCAGAUUUUUCUACAGUCUCCUUUCACAAGCACUGAAAAGGUGGUGGAGGGAGGGCAAUGUAUGAAAAUCAUCAUACUUUAUACUUUGUCUCAUUUUCUAAUACCAAGGGGUAGGCUUUUUUGAGGCUCUCUUGUUUUUUAUCAUACCACUGAAUAAAAUCGGUACCUUCAGAUUC